AGCACUUUGCUCGUGCACUUGUGGGGCGCAGUCGCGAGCAAAACGAAGCGAUGGACCGUCAGCUUUUUCCCGAAUAGCGAAGCAGCACUGCAGCAGAGCUACUUUUACAGAUAUAACUGUGUUUUCGUCGACAGUAAUCUGUAAAAUUGCGGUAGUUCAGCUGAACUGCUCAAGUAGUAACACUUUUCCACAUCCCUGCAGCAUUAAUGGUAAUGCAUGCAACGAAUCCAUCCAGACUCAAUGAUGGGUGCAAUGAUCGAAGAGAUCCUCAAGCCUACCAGCCUGUCAAAUAUCAAUCAAAGAGUCACUCAGCAAAUGAUCAUCGCCAUGAGAAGAUGCGAGACUCAUCAGACUCCACACCACCAACUAAAAUGCUGCGGCGGUCAGACAGUCCAGACAACAAGCACAGUGAUGCCACAGGACACAGCCAAACAAAAGUACUCCACCAUCAUCGGUCACGUGAGAGAGAAAGCGGUGUCAGUUCUUCUCCACAAGAAAACUCUCAUCAUAUCUCCAGUUCUCACCCUAAUCCGAACAGAACUUCAGAAAUGCCGCGUGACCCAGCAGAUGAUUGGUCGGAGCAUAUCAGUUCCUCUGGGAAGAAGUACUACUAUAACUGUAGGACAGAGGUCUCUCAGUGGGAAAAACCUAAAGAUUGGCUGGAGAGAGAACAGAAGCAGAGAGACGGUGUUAAGACUGUUGUCAACAGCUUUCCCAAAGACAGAGAUUACAGACAAGAGGCGAUGCAGGCUAGUGCCACAAGUGCCCUCAGUAGUGCAAAAUCUACUCUGGCGGAAAAGCCGUUAUCAAACUCUUGUUACUCCCAGCCUUUGCCCGUAAACCCCUCCAGCACAUCCAGCUCCUCGUCCUCGAAUGUGCCUGUAUCUCCUGCCCUACAGGCCUCAGCCUCUACUCUCCUCCAGGACCCAGCACUCCUCCGACAACUGCUGCCUGCAUUACAGGCCACCCUGCAGAUGAAUCAUGGCAAUGUGGACAUGAGCAAAAUUAAUGAAGUUCUCACAGCCGCUGUCACACAAGCUUCCUUACAGUCUAUGCUUCACAAACUUAUCACUGCCGGACCGUCCGCUUUCAACGUCACUACUCUGCUUUCCCAAGCUGCUCAGCUGUCCACACAAGCACAACAGUCCGGACAGUCUCCAAUGUCAUUAGCAUCAGAUGCUUCUUCGCCGAGGUCAUAUGUGUCUCCUAGAGUCAGCACACCUCAGACUAAUGCGGUCUCGAAACCCCUGCACAGCUCUGCAUCACUCUCUUCACAACCAAAGGUUAGUGCAUCAAUCCAGAGACCAGGAUCAACAGCCCAGCAGUCCACAAACUCUGAAAAACCCCUGGAAUUUAGUGAUCCCCGUCUUCAGAGGCAAAUCAGUCAAGAGAGUUUGUCCGGCUCUAAUGGCAAUGCAGCCAUCAGCAUUCCUGCCUUAGGCACCCCCUCUCGAACCCAAAGCACUUUCACCCCUUCUCUAGCGUUGCACUUUGAUGAAAAUCUCAUCAAGCAUGUUCAAGGCUGGCCUUCGGAACAUGUAGAGAAGCAGGUGUCACGGUUGCGUGAGGAUAUCCACAACAUGGGAACCCUCUAUAUGUCAGAGAUCUGCACUGAGAUGAAAAAUCUUCGCUCUUUAGUGCGAGUGUGUGAAAUCCAGGCCACUUUGAGAGAGCAAAGGAUUCUGUUUUUGCGACAGCAGAUUAAAGAACUUGACAAACUGAAGAAUCAAAAUUCCUUCAUGGUUUGAGAGACCCGUCUAAAGCUCAUGGCAGCCUUUCUCCAUACAAGUCCAGCAAUUGGCUGUUUGGACCCCUGCUCUCGGCCCGAGCCCUCAGAACUGCAGUUCAGCUAUAGGCUGCAGUGUCUGAUAUGGGACUGAGAAAAGAUGAGCUGACAAAAGUGCUUAUCCAGGCAACAUGAAGUCCUGAGACUGUAGAUAAAUUUGAAUAUCCUUUAAUGUACAUCACUUUUCCAUUCUCAAAUCUACAGGUGAUACAUUCAGAGAAAUAUUCUCCAACCCCGAGUGACAAGUGAGGAAUCAUAUAUUGGCUCUAGUGAUUCAUGUGCUGCUUUUUCAUAAGGUUAUGCUUGUUUAUGGAUUAAAGCAUUUUGUCGCACCAAGGGUCUAUUAUACAGCCAUCCUGCAGUUACUGAUAGUGCGAAGUGAUGCUUUCUGUAUACAAGAAUGGCAGUUAUCAAAGUGACCAACUAAAAUAAACCCAAUCUUCUAUUCAUUCUCAGAAGUUAGCCAUUGAUUUACUGUCUGAUUUUCUUCUCUUCAACGGGAUUACAUUGGAUGUAUAAGUAGCUCACAACAAGCUGGUCUCACCAAGAGAAGCAAAUUGGGUGCUAAGCAUUUUUUAAUUAAUAGUAGGCACUUAAAAGCUUUUUCUGAUGUGAUAGAGACACAUUUUCUGAGUUGGUGACCCAUGGUUUAAGGGUUUUUCACUGUCUGCCUCUGAUUUCCUUUUAUAGUGCAGUUACACAUCUAACAGAGACUUUAACAUUCUGCACCCUAUUACUGUCUGACUGUUUUUUUUGUGUUAUUGUUUUGGUUUGUUUGUAUUUACUUGGCUGUACUUGAACUUAUUAAAUUGAGUUUAGUCA